UGACCCUUUCAGAGAGAAGUGAAGAUAUUUUUUGUUGUUAUGCUUUCCCCAUUUUCUUGUCCGUGCCAUUUUACUGGGUUUUCUUCAGUUUAUUGCUUACGAUUUCGAAUAGUGACAAGUAAAAUUCUGGAUCAUCCAAUCCCAAUAAGACAGCAGCUUCCAACAAGUAAGAAAUGGAGUACUUGCUCUUGUGAAGUCUAAGAACAGCUUUCCUCAUUCUCAGUUUGUGGCACACUUAAGUUUUUUGCUUACGAUUUGGAAUAGUGACAAGUAAAGACACAUCACAAUUCUCGAUCAUCCGAUUCCAAUAAGACAGGAGCUUCGAACAGGAAAAAAAUGGAGUAGUUGCAGUGCUGAAGAAUAACAACAGCUUUCCUCAUUCUGAGUUUCAAGAUGUAGUCGAGGAGGGUACCAGAAAAAGAAGUUCGAAGCAUGGAUACUGUGCUGAAAAUAGUUGAUCCAGUAAUUGAGUUUGUGCGGGAUCAUGGUAUUAAUCAGUUGACCUACAUUUUUUGUUACACGAAAUAUUUUGAGGAACUAAAUAAGAGAGUUAAGCGCCUUGGAGAAGAAAAAGAGAGGUUAGAUCGUCAACGUGAUGAAGCUAAAAGAAAGGGUGACAUUGUUGAAGAUAGGGUUGAAGAAUGGUUUGAGGAAGUGGGUGAAUUUGAGAGUAGGGUUGAGAAGUACAUGAAUAAUGCAGGUCACAAGAAGACAAGGGGUUUAUAUUAUUUAUUUCCUUACUAUAGACACAAACUUGGCAGACAAGCAAAGAAGAUGGAACCGGAGGCUUUGAGGCUAAAAGAUGAGUGCCCCAAGGAUGACGAAGUUUCUCAUGCAGAGAAAGUAACAUCUUUUGAUCUCACUUCGUCUUAUUCUGGCUACAUUGAAUUUGAUAGUAGAAAAUCCAUCGUGGAUGACAUAAUGACAAAACUUAAAGAUCCCAAUAUGAAAAUUAUUGGACUCCAUGGAGCACAAGGGAUGGGUAAGAGCACAUUAAUAAAAAAAAUUGCUAAUAAAGCUAAAGAUGAGGGGUUGUUUGAUAGGGUGGCUGAAAUAGAUGUAACUGAAUAUCCCAAUCCUCUCACAAUUCAGGCAGAUAUUGCACACGUGUUAGGAUUGCCAUUAGCGGGGGAAAGUGAGAAUGUAAGAGCUGAUUAUCUGAGGAGAUGGUUAAAGAUAGAAAAUGUGAGCAUCCUUAUAAUCUUGGAUAACCUUCAUGAGAGAUUAGACUUGAAUAGGUUAGGGAUUCCGGUUGAUGAUGAUUAUGACUUAAGAAAGAAGAACGAGUUAAGCAUAAGUAACCAGAAAACUGCAAGCGACAAACAGGGUACUAGCGGCGACAAACAGGGUACUGGCGCAAAAGUCCUAAAAAAAACAAAUUUCCUUGGUGAUUAUAAGGGAUGCAAAGUUUUGCUUUCUUCACGUGAUAAGAAUGUAUUUCGUGAUGAGGUUGAUGUUGAGUCAAAUUUUUGUUUAAAGGAAUUAGAUGGUAAUGAUGCCUUGAUGUUGUUUGAGAAGGUGACUGGAGGAGGUAAUAAAAUGUCUAUGCCUAAAGAAGAAAUCCAGAACUAUUGUACAGGGUUACCCAUGAGAAUAGUUACACUUGCAGUGGCAUUUAAAAACUGGAUUGAGUCAGAAAGCAAACCUACACUGGACAAAUUUAAAAAGCAAGGUCUGGUUGAAUGGCAAAAGUCUUCGGAGACUCCUAACAAGAAAAAAUAUGACCUUCCAAAAAAUAAGGAACUCAAGUUCAUUUACUUGCUUUGUGCUCAAAUGGGUCACCUACCCCUGGUUAAUGACUUGGUCAAAUAUUGCUUUGGAUUAGGUAUAUUUGAAGGGGUCUCUUCCCUUAGUGCAGCUCGUGAAAAAAUAAAUGAAUCGCUCCAAGAGCUGAAAAACUUGGGUUUGGUGUCGUACGAAAAUCCUAAUAUUCAUUUCCAUAUGUCUCAUAUGGUUCGAGAUGAUGCUUUAAGUAAUGCACUCAUGGAUCACAAUGUUUUUGCUUUUAGAGAUGGAAAACUAGAUUAUUGGCCAGAUCUUGAAAAAUGCAUUUCUAUUUCUAUAUGCAAUAGUUACAUUACAGAUGGGUUUCCUCAUGUCAUAAAUUGUCCUCAACUUCAAUUUUUGCAAAUAGAAACUAUUGAUCCGUCUUUGGAAAUACCUCAGAGAUUUUUUAGCAGCAUGAAAAACUUGUUAGUUUUAAUAUUGGCUGGUUUUCACCUAUCAAGCUUACCAUAUUCAAUUGAAGACCUAUUGAACCUUAGAAUGCUUUGUUUGGAGCGGUGCACUUUGGAUUGCAAUUUAUCGGUAUUGAGAAAGUUUAAAAAAUUAAGAAUUCUCAGUUUCUCUGGAUCUCAACUUAAAAAUUUGCCAGUUGAGUUACGAUACUUGGAUAAGUUGCGAAUGCUAGACAUCAGCGAUUGUUUUAAACUGGAGAUUAUUCCACUUGAUCUUUUUUCUAAUUUGACGUGUUUGGAAGAGUUGUAUAUAAGAAAAAGCUUGAUCAAAAUGUUGGUGGAAAAAUGGGAAAACGAAGGUCAUAAUUCGUUUCUUUCUGAGCUAAAGAAUUUGCAUCAGUUGAAAGUGGUGGACUUAAGCAUCCCGUGUGUUUCAAUUUUGCCCAAUCACUUAUUCUUUGACAGGUUAAAAGAUUACAAGAUUGAAAUUGGGGACUUUGAAAUGUUUUCCGUUGGAGAAUUUAGGAUGCCCAAUAAAUAUGAAGAACUCAAAGUAUUGGCAUUGCAGCUAAAGGACGACACUGAUAUUCACUCUCAUCAAGGCAUAAAAUUGUUGUUUAAAACAACACAAAGUUUGUUCUUGGGAAAUGUAUGUGUUCAAAAUGUUGUUAAUGAGUUGAACAUAGACGAAUUUCAGAAUUUGAAACACUUAUCCAUCAUAAAUAACAAUGAUGUCGAAUAUUUCAAUUCAACAGAUUUGUCUUAUUGUGUGAACAUUUUUUCCAAUUUGGAAUCUCUGUACCUCUACAACAUGAUGAAGUUAAAGAUGAUAUGUCGUGGUCCAAUUACACUUGAAUCAUUUGCCAAAUUAAAAACCAUCAAGGUUGAGAUGUGUUGCCAAUUGGAAAAUCUCUUCUCCUUCUACGCAAUUAAAAUUUCUACUAGCACAGGAACAAGUGAGAUUUUUAAAUGUAAUUCUAACAUGAAGAAAUUUCUAGCUAGUUUAGAAAUGAUUGAGGUUUGUGAAUGUGAAUCUUUAAAGGAGAUCCUUCAAAUACCACCGGAUUGUGUUAAGGAUUGUGAAUGUGAAUCUUUAAAGGAGAUCCUUCAAAUACCACAGGAUUAUGGUAAGGUUGAGUUUCUCAAAUUACGAACAUUGACACUCCAAUCAUUGCCAUCAUUUACUUGUUUUUAUACCAAAGUGGAGAGAUAUUGCUGGCCAUAUUCGACAGAGGCUCAAACUACAAAUAGGUGUCACACAGAAAUUUCUACUGAAGAAGAUGGCCACAGUGACAAUGCGCCUCCUCUUUUUGGUGAACCAGUUGAAGUUCCAAACUUAGAAAACUUGAAUUUAUCCUCACUCAACAUUCGUAAGAUAUGGAGCGACCAACACUUAUCAAGUUUCUACUUUCAAAACUUGAUAAAGUUAGUUGUGAAAGAUUGUGAUAAAUUAACCCAUCUAUGUUCAUUACCUAUGGCUAGCAGUAUGAAGAAGUUGAAAAGCCUCGUCAUAAGUGGGUGUCUGAAAAUGGAAAAGAUUUUUGAGAUUGAAGGAAUUAGUGCAAACAAGGUUUGUGUCUUCCCUAAGCUGGAGGAAAUCCACCUUAGCAAAAUGAAGAGGUUAACAGAUAUGUGGCAAACUGAAGUGGGUAUUGAUUCCUUCUCUAGUCUCAUUUCCGUAAGGAUUGAAGAAUGUGAUCAAUUGGACAAGAUUUUUCCGAGUCACAUGGAAGGAUGGUUUGAAAGCUUGAUUAACUUGCAAAUUUCUAAGUGCAAAUCUGUGGAAGAGAUUUUUGAAAUCAAUGAUUCUCAAGAAAUAGAUGCAUCUGGUGGGAUAGACACAAAUUUGCAAGUUAUUCUUCUAGAAGAACUCCCAAAGUUGAAGGAAUUGUGGAGCAAAGAUCCAGAUGGAAUUCUCAACUUUAAAAAACUUCGGACUAUAGAUGUAAGUUAUUGUGAUGAACUAAGGAAUUUGUUUCCAGCUUCUGUGGCAAAAGAUGUACCAAAGCUUGAACGCAUGUCAGUAUUGUAUUGCGAGAGGAUGAUGGAAAUUGUUUCAAAUAAAGAUACAUCAGAAGCUGAUAAUGAUCCAUUAGAGUUUCCUGAACUAACAUUUGUGAGAUUGUACGGACUUCCAACCAUGAAGCAAUUCUACAAGGGGAGACAUCCAAUAAAGUGCCCAAAGUUGAAGGAAUUGAGUAUGGGCAAGUGUACGAAGCUUAAAACAUUUCUACAAGAAACAAGUGAUGAAAAGUUUGUUUUCUCGGCUGAAGAGGUAAGCAUGAUUUUAUCAGAGUUUCAGAAACAAAAAGUUUAAUCUAACCUUUAUGAUAUGUCUGAUAGAUAA